AUGGCUGGGAGACUAAAUGUUAUUUUUUUAAGCUCAUUGCGAAUUAUGAGAGGGUCCACCUCUUGGAGCCCAUUCCAUUUUAAGAACAUCAAACUCCCUCAGGUCUAUCAUUCUCGUUCUCUUAAAAAAACUAAAAUGGUUGACUCAGGGGAGGAUUCAUUCUGUGAUCCUUCUACUUUCGAUUGUCUUGAAAAUAAAUCAUUUAGCCCAGAUGAAUAUUUUGAAGUUCCUCCCCUUUUAAGAAGACAAAGUACAAUUGAAGAUGAACAAAGAUUAGUACUGUUAUUGAAGAAAAUAUUGGCAUAUCAGGACAAGAAUGUCACAAGUUGGAUUGUUGAGAAUUAUGUUAAAGACUUAGUAUGUACUUACAAACUUUUGACAAAGCCUCAAAAGGAGACUUUUCUGAAAAUUUUGGCAAUUGAUUAUUCUGUGGAUCAUGAGCGUAUUCACAAAGCAACAAAUCAAUUUAAAGACUUCGAGCCAGGAACUGCUAUCUCACUCAAAGCUGAAGAACAAUUGAAAAGUGUGUUAAACCCACAGUAUUCAUGGUUAUUUAAGCAUAUUGGGCGUUUAGAAAAUGGAGUGAAAUUCUUAGUGGACAUGAGGACAGAUGUUUUGGACCUAUUAUCUUCAUUAGAUGCCAAAUCAGAGGCCCUCAUACCAAUCAAGCAAUUAAACACUACUCUGAGGGAGCUCCUUUCCCUGUGGUUCUCUGUAGGAUUUUUGAAACUGGAAAGAGUUACUUGGAAAUCACCAUGUGAAAUGUUGCAGAAGAUAUCUGAGUACGAGGCAGUGCACCCUGUGAGAAGCUGGGCCGACUUAAAAAGGAGAGUCGGGGCUUAUAGGCGCUGCUACGUCUACACUCAUAGUAGCAUGCCCACGGAGCCUAUCGUUGUGCUACACACUGCACUCUCCAAUGAGAUAUCAUCUAGUAUGAAAGGCAUUGUCACUGCAGCCCAUCGCAUGUCAAUUGACGCUAGUACAAAAGAUUCCUUAGUAGCUGCUAGUGAAGAAGAAGAUCCCAAUUUAGUAACUGCUGCUAUUUUCUAUUCCAUUUCCUCUACUCAAAGAGGUUUGCAGGGUAUCGAGUUGGGUAAUUACUUGAUAAAGCGUGUAGUUCAGGAAGUUCAGGCAGAAUUUCCAAAAAUUAACCAGUUGUCCACACUAUCCCCAAUACCUGGGUUCAAGACAUGGCUAAUGGAAAAGAUAAAGUUAUAUGAAAAAGAAGAAAAAGAGGUUCCGGAAGGCUGGAAAAAUCUCUUAAAAGAGUUUGGCAGUUGGCGUGACUUGAAAAUAAGUUUAUUAAACAACUCCUGGUAUCUGGACCACAACUUAGUGACAAUGCUAGAACCGCUGCUGAUGUCAUCAUGUGCUUACUACCUCUAUAAAGAGAAGAGGAGAUCCGGAGCUCUGGAUUCUGUUGCUAAUUUUCAUCUUAAAAAUGGUGCUGUGAUGUGGAGGCUGAAUUGGAUGGCUGAUACGUCACCAAGGGGUUUGUCUAAUUCUUGUGGAAUGAUGGUAAACUACAGGUAUAUUCUUGAGGAUACCGAAAGAAAUUCACAAUCCUACUUAGAACAUCAUAAAAUCAAUGCUUCAGAUGAAGUCAAACAUCUUGCUGGAGAAAGGAUUCCUUCAAAAAUGUAA